UUGCAGUCUGCACCGGAGGGACCAGGGCGGACAGAGUGGAGAGAGAGAGAGGGCGGCAACCUGUCAGGUUGUUUCCGUCCACUUAGUUUCGUCCAGUAACUUCUGUGGAGCCGCCGAGGCUGCAGUUCUCUGGUCACCAUGUCAGCGUACGGGUCUCAGCAGGCCCUGAACAUGCUCCGCAGGGCCAACUCCAGGGGAGAGUUGACUGGAGAAUCCACCUACCAGUACGCACGGAGCGACGGCUUCCACGGAGGGGGUAACGGAUACGACCAGUACGGACACGACGGACGCAAAACCUUCACCUAUUCAAAGUCCGUGAAGGGAGGUGGGAUGGCUAGCGGAAUGGCGAGCAGCAUGAGAGCCGGAACCACGAGAGGAAUGACGUGGCGUGGGGCCAGCAUGGGAGGGGGGGCGAUGAGCGGCGCCGGCGGGGGCGCGAUCAGCGGAAUGGGUGGCUCUACACUUACUUCUAUCAACCAGAAGGCCGCUAUCCUGCAGAGCCAGUGCAACGAGUACCUGCAGAAAGCCGAGUACUACAUUCAAGCUGGUGGAAACCCGAGUGAGGCCGAGUACUUCAUGGGGAUGGCCAAAGAGGCCAUUCAAAAUCUGAAGAGCUGCGGGGCCGACCUGAGGCAGAUGGGACAGCCUAAUGAGAACGUAAUGAGAAGUGUGGAGAUGUACAAUAGCCAGCUGAAGGGGGUCCACAUGGCCAUCUCAGGCACCACGCAGAGAAGGAAGAGCACCAAGGGGGGCUCCGUUGGCUGGGAGGAACCCGGAAGGAGCUAUCAUGAUGCUAUGGGCUGGAUUGCACAGCAAAAGCGUCUGAUUGAAACAGCUUCAUGGGGAGACGAUCCUGCAGCCAUCGAGCAGCAGCUCAUGAGCCACCAGAGGUUUCACAGCUCCAUCCAGAGGAGCGUCGAGUUCGAUCGAGCCAGAGAUGACCUGAUGAAGACAGGAGACAAAGCCAAUCUUAAGGCUCUGGAUCAGGAAUGGGACAAUCUCCAGAAAAAGUCCCAUGAUCGGACCCAGCGGCUGCGAGAGUUCCAGCAGAUCAUUCAGGAAAUAUCCAAAGAGAUCAUGUGGGUGAAUGAGAAGGAGGAAGAGGAACUGAUGUUUGACUGGGGAGACAAGAACAUCGACCAGUAUAUCCCCAGAAAGCAGGAGAGCUACUCGAAACUGAUGAGUGCCCUGGAAGUAAAAGAAAAGGAUCUGAAUAGGCUGAAGGCCAAAGUGGACAACCUCCUGAAGAAUGACCACCCUGCAUCGGACAAGAUCGAGGCUUAUAGUGACACCCUGCAGACUCAGUGGAGCUGGCUCCUUCAAAUAACAAAAUGCAUCGACACUCACCUGAAGGAGAAUUUAGCGUACAGCCAGUUUUUCAAGGAGGCCAACGAGACGUACAGUGCUCUGCAGAAGGAACACGAGACGGUUCGUAAGAAUUUCAUCUGCGACAAGAACACUUCUCUGGAGACCCUGCAGGAGCUCCUCAGAAACCUGGAGAGGGAAAAGGAGAAGAUUGUGGAAAAUAGGAGGCAGGUUAAACACCUGGUCAGCAAGUCCAAGGAGAUCGUGAGACUGAAACCCAGAAACCCUGAAGAGAAGAACACCAGCGGCGUCAUUGUCAAGGCUCUGUGCGACUUCAAGCAGGACAAGAAGGUGAUCCUUAAGGGCAAUGAGGCUAUCCUAAAGGACAACAACCAGCGCAGUAAGUGGCUGGUGACUGGCCCGGGGGGUCUGGAUAUGUUGGUGCCCUCUGUGUGCCUGAUUGUACCGCCACCUAAUCCAAUCAGCAUCAGUCUCGCCAACAAAAACGAGCAGUACUACGAAGCAAUCCUGUCAAUCUGGAGCCAGCUUUAUAUCAACGUCAAGAGUCUCAUCUCCUGGCAGUACUGCGUCAUGGAUAUCCAACGCAUCAACUCCCUCACCAUCUCCAUGUUGGCCAAGAUGCGCCCAGAGGAGUACCGGAAAAUGAUCAAGAGCAUGGAGACUCACUAUGAUGAGUUUAUAGUGAACAGUGUAAAUUCCCAGAUGUUUGCUGAUGAGGACAAGAGGAGCAUAGAGAACCAGGUCAAUGAUGCCCAGACCCACUAUGAACAGCUAGUGGUGCAGAUACCUACUUACAUUGUCCAGCAGGAACAAUUACAGCAAACAUCUGGGCAACAACACCAGCUGAUUAUAUUACAGCAGCAGCAAGUACAAGCUGCUGCUGCAGAAGACGCAAGGAGGCUUGAAGAAGAGGCCAGGAUGCGCCAAGAAGAGGCCUGGAGGCUUGAAGAAGAGGCCAGGAUGCGCCAAGAGGAGGCCAGGAGGCUUGAAGAAGAAAGACGGAGAGCAGAGCUCAGAAGACAGGCCGAGAAGAAAGCGGAGGCAAAGAAAGAGGUGGUGAAGAAGGAAGUGAUAAAAGUGACCAAGACGGACGCAGGAAAGAGGAAGGUAUCCACAUCAUCAUCAUCAUCAUCUCACAGCUUAUUAGAGCUGCACUCGCUCAGAUUGAGGCUGGAGGCCGCUGAAGACAUGCUGAAUCAGCACAUCCAUGUCUGCUUCGGAGACAACGGCGUGCAGGACUGUAGCCUCAAGAUCUCUCAGUUAGAGACUGUGCAGCGUGAUGUGGACUCGAUGCGUGCUGAGUACUUACUUUUGAAGGAGCGCAUUCUAAACGAGCUGGAAAGCGUGAAUGAUUCAGACAAAGCUCAGUUCCUCCGCAGCGAGAUUGGAGUGAUUAACCAAAGACUGGGCAGCCUGGAGAGCAGCUCAUCAGCUUAUGUUCAGCGGCUACGAGCUCUAAGGGACAUGCUGGAGAGUGUGGCACGAGCCGAGGACAUUGUGAAAGUUUAUGAAGCAAGAAUGACAGAAAAGGAGACCACUUCUCUGUCUCCUGAGGAAGUGGAGGAAUAUAUGUCAACUCUGAAGAACAUCAAAGCAGAGCUGGAUCAGAAGAAAGGUAUUCUAAAUGCUAUGGAGGCAGAGUUGUCCAAGGCGAGCCACUGGAACGGCCAGGUGGGCGGAUCCUCCCACAGGUGUGACCUGAUGCUAACAAAAUACACAGAAGAUGUGAACAUGCUGUCAGACCGCUGGAGACGAAUCCAAUUACAGCUCGAUACGAGAAUGCAGGACCUUCGAUCAUAUCUGCCUCAGCUGCAACACUACAAGCAAACCAGCACUUCCAUUCUUGAAUGGAUUGAAGCCACUCGCAGAAAACAGGUGGCUCUACAGGCCACCAAAAUAGAAAAUGUUCAAGCACUGGAAGACCUCAUUAACAACCAGAAGGCUCUGAAUGCAGAAAUCAAGGUGAGGAGGGAGACAGUAGAUAGUGUGCUGAAGGACAAUGAAGCCUGUGUGAACGCUAUCAAGGACUAUGAAACAGACCUUGCAGCUUACACCUCUGGUUUAGAAACUUUGCUCAACAUCCCAGUGAAGAGGACAAUGCUGAAGUCGCCGUCAGUGGAUCUCAAUCAUGAAGCUACCCAACUGCAGACUCGAUAUAUGGAGUUGCUUACCCUUUCUGACGACUACUACAGAUUCCUAGGAGAUUUGCUCAGAAACAUGGAGGAGCUCAAGAUUCGUAACACAAGGAUUGACCUGUUAGAAGAAGAACUUCGCCUUCUGAGAGACGAUAUGAGAGACCGCAACGCCAAGAACAAAUCACUGGAAGAUGCUCUUGCUCAGUACCAACGGGAGCUGAACCAGUCAAAAGAACAGUUGCUGUCAAUGGAGGAGGUGAAACAAACUGCAUCGUUGCAGUGCAGUGCCACCAAGGAGAACCUAGAUAACACACAGAGCCAGCUGGCAGGCCUCAGAGAUCAGGUGGAACGUCUCAACUACUUGCUGGAUGAAGAAAAGAGGAAGAGGAAGCUAGCAGAAGAGCGCUACACUCAGCAGCAAGAAGAGUAUGAAGCAGUGCUGAGAAAGAGGCAGAACGAGCUGGAGACAGUCAGUUGGUCCAAGGUGGAGGUGGAGAAGACUUUGUCAAAUAAAGAGCUUGAGAUUGAACAGCUCCGGCGACAGCUUGCUGACGAGACAGCAAGGUUCAUGGAGCUGCAGAAGGAGAUAUCAAAGGUAAGGAGCCAAUACAGUACGGAGAUCAAUAACUUAAAGCUCAGCUACGAAUCUCAGAUCCACGUCAGCCAUGCAGACAUGCAAAGGCUGGCAGCUGAGAGGGACGAGGAUACAGUGGAGCUCCAGCUGCAGUAUGACAGGAUGGAGGCAGAGAGGAGGAAUCUCGAGGAGGAGCUACGGAGACUCCGAAUAUCUAUCAGCCAGGUUGAGGAACAAAGGAAGGCAGCAGAUGAGGAAGCUCACACUCAGCGGGCUGUAAUCAUCGAGGAAGGCCGCAAGAGAAGAGAAUUGGAAAGUCAGGUGGAACUGUUGAUGAGGCAGAGAGACGAGCAAAGUAGCCAGUAUAGAGCAGAGCUGGCUGAGGUUAGGAAGGACCUGCAGGAGACGAGUGACCGACUGGCUUAUGUCACACACAGUCUAGAGGAGGAGACCCGCAGAAGACAAACUGCGGAAGAAGGUCAGGGUGUGCUUGAACAGACUCUGUCCCAGCUGCAAGUGAAGCUAACUAAUUCAUCAGUGGCUGUAACCCAGGGGCGGGAGUACAAGGAGGAGCUUCAGAAACUGCGAUUGGAGCUGGAGAGAGAAAGCAGGGAGCGAAGCAGAGUUGAGCAAAAUAUGAGAAGCUUACAGGGACGCAUCAAGGACCUCCAAGCUGUAAGAGAUGGACUUGAGAGCCAGGUGGAGAAUUUGCGGCAAGCUAACCAAGAAGAAGUAGCCAGAAGAAGGCAGAUCGAGUCAGAGCUAGAGAAGACCAAUAUGACCCUGGCAGAACACAGCAGCACUAUCGUUGCACUACGCCAAAGCCAAGAACAAGCCAGCAAUUCUGAAAAGAGAGGUGAAGAAGAGCGUCUUCAGUUGCAGGAGGAGCUAGAGAAAAGCUUGAGACAGAACAAGACCUCUGCAGAGCACAUCACACAGCUGAGCUCUGACCUGAAAGCCCUUCAGCAGCAGCUGCUUGAGGAGCAGCUCAAAGUCAAAGAGGCAAACCUCAGGAAUGAAGGUCUUUAUAAAUCUAUAGAGGAGAAAAGCAAGAUACUGAAUGCGAACUCAGUUGAGCUUCAAAGGCUGAAGGAGCUGACAGAAGCUCAGACCAAAGAGAGGCUGAGACUGGAUGAGGAGCUAAGGACAACACGACAUGAGAAAGAUGAACUCUUGAGGGCCAAACAGGGAAGUGAUGAUGAGCUCUCCUCGCAGAUUACUGCGCUGGAGCUGCAGCUACAGGCCAGUGAGCGCAGUAAUUUAGACUACCGCAACCUGGUCUCCGAGCUCUCCUCUGAGAGGGAGAAACUCAAAGUGGAGACUGAGAAAAUACAAACGCAGGCCACCGAGAUAAGAGCCACCAUGCAAUCCCUUCAGUCCCAGUAUAAUGAAAUUGUAACCGAGAGAGACACUCUGUUGCUGAAAUUGCAGUUGUCAGAAAAGGACAAAGACCACAUCUUAAGACUAGAGGAGGAACUCAGCCGCAUUAAACUGUCCUUAGAAUCUGAGUAUCGCAAUAAGCAGCGUCUACAGGAGGAGAACGAAAGAGUGAAGAGGGAUUUAAGUCACUGGAAGGACCAGUGUGAUAGCAAACAUGGCCUGAUUAGGCAGUAUGAGACAGACAAGGAUAUUUCGGAGAGGGAAAAGAAAUCUUUGAAAAGUGAGAUAGAAAGGCUGAUGAGAGAGUUACGUGAGCUUGAAGAGUCAUAUAAAAUUAAACUGUCAGCCACCCAGAAAGAAUUACAUGAGGUCACCAUUGUCAGAAAGAACAUAGAAACUGAACUGAAGACUGCCAGAGAACCCCCAACCUUGGAUCCUUCCACUCUGAUUUUUGAUGGAGUCCGUAAGACAGUGACAGCAGACCAGUUGCUCAAUUGUGGUGUUUUGGAUAAACAAACAUGUAACCAGCUGGUGAAGGGACAUAGGACUGUCCCUGAAGUGUCUGUUGACAAAAAAGUCAAUUUAAAAGGUACAGGCCCAAUAGCCGGGGUGGUAGUUGAAGGUCUAAAAGGUCCAGGCUCCAUUUCUGGACCUCAGUUUGCAAAACUGACUUUCACUGAAGCCAAGAAUGAAAAUCUCCUCCCAGCAGAUGCCAUCAAUUUGCUUCUGGAUGCUCAAGCCGCUACAGGACACAUCAUUGACCCCAGAACUAAUCAAAAGUUGACAGUUGAAGAAGCAUGUAAUCAUGGUGUGAUUGAUGAUAAGGACAGAGAGAGGUUGCUAGCAGCAGAAGCUGCAGCUGUAGGAUAUAAUGGACCUGGGACAAAUAAACCUCUUUCAGUAUUUCAGGCCAUGAAGAUGGGACUAAUUGACAGAAACACAACACUGCGUCUUUUACAAGCUCAGGAGUCUGUGGGGGGCAUUCUAGAUCCAGUACUCAGUGUGUUCCUUCCCAAAGACACAGCCAUUGAGCGUGGCCUAAUUGAUGACAACUUAUGCCGUGCUUUGAGUCAAAGACCUGAGCUCUACCUGGACCCAGAAAACGAGGACGGUGUAAGUUAUAUGUCAAUGAAGAGAAGAUGUAAGGUAGAACCACACACGGGCCUUCUUCUUCUUCCUGUCACUGAGAAGAUAGAUCCCUCCAAACUUAUUUUUGAUGGUGUUCGAAAACCUGUCACAGCCAAGCAGCUGCUGGAUUGCAGUGUCCUGGACAAGCCAACAUUUAAAGAUCUAGAAAAGGGGAAGAAAACCAUCCCAGAAGUGUCUGUUGAUAAAAAUGUCAAUCUGAAGGGGACUGGGCCAAUUGCUGGGGUGGUAGCUGGGAAGCAAGGCAAAAUGUCCUUGUCAGAAGCCAAGAGACAAAUGUUGCUACCUGAGGAUACUGCAGAUUUGCUACUGGAAGCGCAGGCUGCAACUGGUCAUAUAAUUGACCCUCAAACAAAUCAGAAGUUGACUGUAGAAGAGGCAUGCACCAGAGGAGUAGUGGAUAUAAGAGAUAGAGACAAAUUAUUGGCAGCUGAGGCCGCUGCUGUUGGCUACAAGGAUCCUAAAGUUGCCAAGCCUCUCUCAGUGUUUGAGGCCAUGAAGAAAGGAUUGAUUGACAAUAAGACUGCACUGCGUCUACUGCAGGCCCAAGAAUCAGUGGGAGGAAUUCUAGAUCCCAAUCUCAGUGUGUUCCUGCCUAAAGACACAGCUAUUAAGCGCAACCUUUUAGAUGAAAACCUUCGUCAUGCUCUGAAACAAGAUCCUGAAUGUUACAUUGACCCGGAAACUGAGCAUGAUGCCAGCUAUGAGACUUUGAAAAAAAGAUGCAAGAUAGAGCCUCAUACUGGUCUGCUACUUUUGCCAGUCUCAGAGAAACUAGAUCCUACUAAACUGGUCUUUGAUGGUGUACGUAAACCAGUAACAGCAAAGGACUUGCUUGAUUGUGGGGUGCUGGACAAACCAACAUUUAACCAACUACUGAAGGGGGAGAAGACUGUCCCAGAGGUGUCUGCAGACAAGAAGAUCUCUCUAAAGGGGACAGGAGUGAUUGCUGGUGUGGUGGCUGGACCUUUAGGGAAACUGUCUUUAUCAGAGGCCAAGAAACAGAUGCUCAUGCCCUUAGACAGUGUAGAUUUACUACUGGAGGCCCAGGCAGCGACAGGUCACAUCAUUGAUCCCAUAUCCAAUCAGAAGCUGACAGUAGAAGAGGCAUGUGCAAGAGGAGUGGUGGACAGUAGUGAUCGAGAGAAACUCUUGGCAGCAGAGGCUGCUGCUGUUGGCUACAGAGACCCUUACACAACCAAGCCUCUUUCAGUGUUUGAGGCGAUGAAGAAGGGAAUAAUUGACAAAAAAACAGGACUACGUCUGCUGCAGGCCCAGGAAUCUGCAGGUGGGAUUCUAGAUCCAAACCUUAGCGUGUUCCUUCCGAGAGACACAGCUAUAAAGCGUAACCUUGUGGAUCAGGAACUCUGUCGUGCAUUAAAUCAGAACCCCGAUUGUUACCUUGAUCCAGACACAGAACGUGAUGCCAGCUAUGGGGCUUUAAAGAGAAGAUGCAAAUCAGAGCCUCACACAGGCCUGAUACUUUUACCAGUCACUGAGAGGAAGGACCCUUCCAAACUCAUGUUUGAUGGUGUCCGCAAACCAAUCUCAGCACAGCAGUUGCUUGAUUGUGGGGUUCUUGACAGGGAAACAUUUAACCAGCUAGUAAAAGGACAGAAGACUGUCCCUGAGGUCUCCGUGGAUAAAAAGAUCUUUCUAAAAGGGACUGGUUCAAUUGCUGGUGUAAUAGCUGGGCCUUCAGGGAAGAUUUCUUUAGCAGAAGCCAAGAAACAGAUGAUCAUGCCCCCAGAUAGUGCAGAUUUACUUCUGGAAGCCCAGGCUGCUACAGGUUACAUUAUUGAGCCUACAUCAAAUCAGAAGUUGACAGUAGAGGAGGCAUGUGCAAGGGGAGUAGUGGACAGUAAAGAUCGAGAGAAACUCUUGGCAGCAGAGGCUGCUGCUGUUGGCUACAGAGACCCUUACACAACCAAGCCUCUUUCAGUGUUUGAGGCGAUGAAGAAGGGAAUAAUUGACAAAAAAACAGGACUACGUCUGCUGCAGGCCCAGGAAUCUGCAGGUGGGAUUCUAGAUCCAAACCUUAGCGUGUUCCUUCCGAGAGACACAGCUAUAAAGCGUAACCUUGUGGAUCAGGAACUCUGUCGUGCAUUAAAUCAGAACCCCGAUUGUUACCUUGAUCCAGACACAGAACGUGAUGCCAGCUAUGGGGCUUUAAAGAGAAGAUGCAAAUCAGAGCCUCACACAGGCCUGAUACUUUUACCAGUCACUGAGAGGAAGGACCCUUCCAAACUCAUGUUUGAUGGUGUCCGCAAACCAAUCUCAGCACAGCAGUUGCUUGAUUGUGGGGUUCUUGACAGGGAAACAUUUAACCAGCUAGUAAAAGGACAGAAGACUGUCCCUGAGGUCUCCGUGGAUAAAAAGAUCUUUCUAAAAGGGACUGGUUCAAUUGCUGGUGUAAUAGCUGGGCCUUCAGGGAAGAUUUCUUUAGCAGAAGCCAAGAAACAGAUGAUCAUGCCCCCAGAUAGUGCAGAUUUACUUCUGGAAGCCCAGGCUGCUACAGGUUACAUUAUUGAGCCUACAUCAAAUCAGAAGUUGACAGUAGAGGAGGCAUGUGCAAGGGGAGUAGUGGACAGUAAAGAUCGAGAGAAACUCUUGGCAGCAGAGGCUGCUGCUGUUGGCUACAGAGACCCUUACACAACCAAGCCUCUUUCAGUGUUUGAGGCGAUGAAGAAGGGAAUAAUUGACAAAAAAACAGGACUACGUCUGCUGCAAGCCCAGGAAUCUGCAGGUGGCAUUCUAGAUCCAGCCCUUAGCGUGUUUCUACCUAGAGACACAGCUAUAAAGCGUAAUCUUCUGGAUCAAGAUCUGCUUCGUGCAUUAAACCAGAACCCCGAUUGUUACCUUGAUCCAGACACAGAACGUGAUGUCAGCUAUGGGGCUUUAAAGAGAAGAUGCAAAUCAGAGCCUCACACAGGCCUGAUACUUUUACCAGUCACCGAGAGGAAGGACCCUUCCAAACUAAUGUUUGAUGGUGUUCGCAAACCAGUCUCAGCACAGCAGUUGCUUGAUUGUGGGGUCCUGGACAAAUCAACAUUUGACCAACUACUGAAGGGAAAGAAAACAGUCCCAGAAGUCUCUGUGGAUAAGAAAGUCUUUCUAAAAGGGACUGGAUCCAUUGCUGGUGUGGCAGUUGGGCCUUCAAGGAAAAUGUCCUUUACAGAGGCAAAGAAAAUGAAAAUUCUGUCAUCUGAUAGUGCUGACAUGCUACUGGAAGCUCAGGCUGCCACAGGUCACAUCAUUGACCUCAGAACUAACCAGAAACUAACAGUCAAAGAAGCAUGUGCCAGAGGAGUAGUGGAUAAAGAGGAUGAAUCAAAAUUGUUUGCAGCGGAAGCUGCUGCUAUAGGCUACAAAGACCUUACUACUGGCAAACUUCUGUCAGCUGGCCAGGCCAUGAAGAAGGGAUUAAUUGACAAGGACACAGCUCUGCGUGUGCUUCAAGCUCAAGAGUCUGUAGGGGGUAUAUUGGACCCUGACCUCAGUAUAUUCCUACCCAAAAACAUUGCACUAAAUAGGAAUCUCAUAGAUCAGGAUCUAUACCAUGCCUUAAGUCAGGGUCCUGACUGUUAUCUGGACCCAGACACCAAGCAAGGAACUCCUUAUGUAUCCCUGAAGAAAAAAUGUAAAGCUGAUCCAAGCACAGGUCUUUUGCUUCUCCCUGAACCUAAAAAGCCAGCAACUGUCCAGGGGCUUAGAGGCCAGGUGUCUGUUGUGGAUCUAGUGGAUGCAAACUUGCUGCAGCGGUCUGAUAUUGACAAGUUGAAUCAAGGUAGCUUGACUAGCCAAGAGGUUGAAGAGCGUCUACGCUCCUAUCUGAGAGGUUCCACCUGCAUAGCAGGAGUUUAUGAUCAGGCCAGUGAUAAAGUACUGACAAUUUAUCAGGCAAUGAAAGAUGGACUGUUGAAAUCUGGGACCACUCUUGAACUGCUUGAAGCUCAGGCUGCCUCAGGUUUUAUAGUUGAUCCUGUGAACAAUCUCUAUCUAACUGUUAGUGAAGCCUACAAUAGAAGACUGUUUGGGCCAGAGUUUAAAGAUAACCUGCUAGCGGCAGAAAGGGCUGUGACUGGUUACAGACUGCCUGGUACAGACAAGACUAUCUCUCUCUUUCAGGCCAUUGAGAAAGGUCUAGUGGAGAAAGGCCAUGGCAUUCGUCUACUAGAGGCCCAAAUUGCCAGUGGUGGUAUCAUUGAUCCGGAACACAGUCAUCGUAUUGAUGUGAAUGUAGCCUACAAAAGAGGCUACCUGGAUGACGGAAUGAUUAAGAUCCUCUCUGAUCAGAAUGCUGAUACUAAAGGUUUCUUUGACCCUAACACGGAAGAAAACCUAACCUACACGGAGCUUAAGAACCGCUGUAUCCCAGAUAAGAAGACCGGCCUCAUGCUUUUGCCUAUAAUCGACAAGAAAAGUCAAGAGUCAACACAGAAGAACACUCUGAGGAAGAGGAGAGUAUUGAUCGUGGACCCAGACACCAAUAAAGAGAUGACAGUCCGAGAAGCAUAUGACAAAGGGCUUAUUGACUACGAGACCUUCCUGGAGCUGUCCGACCAAGAGUGUGAAUGGGAAGAGGUCACUAUUACUGCUCCAGAUGGUUCUGUAAAGUUUCUUAUUAAUGACAAGAAAACUGGAAGACAGUAUGACAUUACAGAACUGCUUGAAAAGCGAUUAAUUGAUGAAUCAGUUGUAGCUCAGUAUCGUGCACGAGCCAUCACCAUUAAUGAAUUCGCUGAUAUCAUCACCAGAAAGACCAAACAUAGCUCAUCGUUUGGACAACCAGCUGCCUUGGGCACAUCUUCAGUGAAAUCAUCAUCAUCAUCAUCAUCAUCAUCAUCAUCAUCAACAACUUCAAGAACACCUUUGGGAAUAUCUUCAGUAACAUCAUCAUCAACAACUACAAAAACAUCUUCAUCAUCAAAUUUAAGAACAUCAGAAGGCUCAGUUCCCUCUUUGUCGACAUCAUCCUCACGAUCAUCCUCACUGGUGUCAAGACCCUUAUCUCCCACUCUCGCUAAAAUGACCACAACAAAGACGACCACUGUCACAGAGCGAAGCGCCAGCAGUGUUUCGCAAGAUUCACCUGAUUUCCAUAAACACAUGUCCAGUGUAUCUUUCACUCUGUCCUCUCCUGUUGAAAUAGUGGGUGAACAAGAACCUAUUGGUGGCAUUUUUGACACAGACAACGUAGAGAAGAUAUCUGUCACAGAGGCGUUAAAUCGUGAUCUAGUGGAUUCCAUCACUACCCAGAGACUGCUUGAGGCCCAGGCGUGCACUGGAGGAAUUGUUGAUCCUGCAAGUGGCAGAAGGGUCAGCAUCCAAGAGGCAUGUCGUAUGGGCAUAAUAACUGAAGACAUGGCCACUAAACUUAAGCCUGCUCAAAAAGCCUAUAUUGGCUUUGAAGAUGUAAAAAUGAAGAGAAAAAUGUCAGUUCCUGAGGCAGUUAAGGAGAUGUGGCUGCCAUAUGAAGCAGGACAGAGAUUCAUGGAGUUCCAAGUUGUAACAGGAGGUCUGUAUGACCCAGAAAUGGGUGGUAGAAGAACCAUAGAAGAUGCCUUGAAAAUGGGUUGGCUGGAUGGGAGAGCAGGCCAGAAGCUCCAAGAUACGAAAUACCACACAAAGAACCUAACAUGCCCCAAAAGUAAACUUAAAAUCUCUUACAAAGAGGCUCUGGAUAACUGCCUGACAGAGGAAAGCACUGGCGUUAAAAUGCUCCAGGCGUCGUCUGUGUCUUCGAGAGGCAUCAGUAGUCCAUACAAUGUUGCCUCUGCCCCAGGAUCCACCACAGGCUCCCGGAGUGGCUCACGACGAAGCUCCCGCAGGAACAGUUUAGACUUAGGCUCUCCCAUAUCCUCAUCAGUCAGUCGCUACAGUAUUUCCAGCUUCAACUCCUUCCAAACCAAAAGCUAAAUUGAUAAAAGAAAAGCAGAGUUUGUGCUUUUCUUGCACACAAAUCAGAAUUUGUCAAAACUAUUUUCAGUGUUUUGGAAAAAAGUUGUGGAAAAAAUGAGUGUUCUGUGUGAGGAGAAAAUUUAUAUUUAGCAGUCUGAAUUGUUAAAUGUUCGCAUAUUUUUAGAGUAAGCUUUGGUGUUGAUGUGCUUAAAAAUCUAUAGUUCAAAUUAUACAGAAAAACUGCAAGAUGUUUGUUUGUUUGUUUUUUAAUGGACAAAAGUAUUAAUGGUUUCUAAAAUGAGGUGUGUGGAUUAAUAAUAUAGUUCAUGUCAUUUAAUUUUUUUUUCAAAAAUUAAUGAAAAUAUCACUUUGUAUGCUUUGCAUUUGAAAAAUGAUAGAAUAGGGUUUACAGUUAUUUGACAUGUUGUGUGUUUGGUUUACAGGGAGGGAUUUAUAGUUGGGUUGCAUUGGCUUAACUGCUGUUUUUCAUCAUUUUCAUAAAGUCAUCUUUUAUUCAUUCAUUCAUUGGUUUCUUGCCCAGUAGUGCUUCCACUUUUGUAACGUUUUUUUUUUUUCAGUAUCUUAAAAUAAAAACUUGAGUUUUUUGCUCA